CUAAGGGAACCAAUGUGUAAGGUGAUGCGGCUUUUCUUACCGCGCUAUAUCCUAAUGCACUUCUCACUUCCGUUGUUAGGGAGGGCUACAGGAAGAGUAACACAUUCUCCGGCGAUGGAGCCGCAGCUAUUCCUGACUGAGAUAAAGGAAGAACCGGACUCUGACCUGAGCCCAAUGGGAAGCUCAGCAGCUCCACCUACUGAUGGGGUUUCCCCAGCGGCUGAACCAGACAUAUUCCAGGUAAAUAAAAAGGAGGAAGAACCAGACUAUGAUUAUUCCCAGAACCCAAUGGAAAACUCUGCAGUUCCACUUACUGAUGGGGAGAACUGCCCGACCAAUGAGUGGAACUGUGGGAUUCUGCCAGUCGUAGGGACUAAAACCUACUUUGUUAUAUUAGAUACAGCCAAGGAGCCAUUAGCGAGCCCGGGAAUGCUGCUGUGGCCGCCGGAGACCAGAGCGCAGACCACCCUGGAUUGUAGGCUGAGUGCAAGCUCUGUGGGUUUCCCAGCAGGACCCAAAGCCGCGGGGUUUAUCUGUGAUAAAUGUGGGUUAAGCUUCUCGGCCGGCGUGGCGCUGCUGUCGCACUGCUGUAACCGCACGAUGAUCAACCGGCAGAGCCGGCGGCUCCAGCAGCUCAGCGCCCCCGUCUGUAUGGGCGAUUGGAAGCAGAAAAGCAGCGGCAACGCUUCCCGAGCGCAUCAGCUGAUCUACACGGAGGAGAAAUGCCUGCCCUGCCCCCAGUGUGGCCGACUCUUCCCCGAAGGCUACAGGAUGCGGAAUCACAUGCUCAUUCACAACGGGGAGAAACCCUUCAUCUGCACGGAGUGCGGCAAAGCCUUCAAGCGCAGGGUGGCCCUGGUGGAACACGAGCGAGUGCAUACGGGGGAGAGGCCGUACCGCUGCCAGCAGUGUGGGAGGAGCUACACUCACAGGGGCAGUCUCUACAGCCACCAGGCGGCCUGCUAUGAGGAGAAACCAUUCGCCUGCACGGAAUGUGGCAAACGCUUCUCCCAGAAGUCUCUGUAUCUCCUUCACCAGAACAGCCACACCCCUCCCUGCGCCGACUGCGGCAAAACGUUCACCAGGAAGUACAGUUACCAGCAGCACAUAAAGACUCACAGGAAGGAGAGAAAGGGAGCCAACAGAACCCUGACAGAACUUCUCCCAUGAUGCUUUGCCUCUGCAAUAGGGUCUGUACUGGAACAGACUGGAGGGAUCCAAAUGAAAGGCAUCACUGGGUACCGAACCUGCACUUAAACGGGACUUGUCAUGUUUUCUAAAGCCAAUAAUACAGGCAGUGAGGCCAAUACGGUGUAUUAUAUGGUUUCAUUGGGCUUUCACUCGGCUGCGCAGGGCAAUGGCGCUGGUGAGUUUCCUUUCCCCAAGUGAGGGAUGAAAUAACUGGAGACUCACAUCAGUAGAGAGGAGCAGGCAAAACCCUAACCCUGUAGGCAAUUAUGAAUAAUAUCCGGUGCUGGUUUCCCUUUGGGCUAAACAUUAACCCUAUCUGUAACAAUGGCCCCUUUAUUGGAGCUCCCUAUAGAUCCUCUCAGGUCCCUGUCUGGGUUUCACAUGAGGGGUGGGCGUGUCCUAACGGUCCCUGCCAGAAGCACAGUAGGAGGGGGAGAGCCAAUCACAGCCCUGCACUCACACAAGCACAGACAGGCUUCAGUUCCCUAUCAGGUCGGCCUAGCUGCUGAUACGUUUUGCCUUAAACCCUAUAUUUGGUUAGAUGGUCCUACUUUCCAUUUAUAUAGUGUUGGAUAGGCAGUGGCGCAGAUGUGUACGGCCCCUAACUAGGUGUGUAAUGUAAUGGUACAAUCUUGGCACAAUGGGCCGCGGGGAGAUUAGUUACCCAUAAACCUCAGCGGGCGACUAAUCUCUCUCACAGGCCUUUCCACCAUCAAUAAAUUGAAUCACCGGUGGGGAGGCCUAAGCGCCACUUUGUUUGCCAGAAUUGCUACAGUUUCCACCUUCGGUGCCACUUUUCAUGCCCAGGACAAGACUAUGUAGGACAAUUGGGAAUUUAUUAUUCAGAAUCCAUCAUCCAAGGUCAUAAAACCUCUCGGCACCCCAGGUACUUAGAUAGAAUUGCAAUGAUGCCCACGUCAAUGCCACUUUGUAUGCCCAAAACUGUUUCAGGCCCGGCUGGAACAAAAUGGAUACUAUGUGGGGCUUCCCUGCCUACGCAUUUAUAUUUUGAAAUCAGUAACUCAAAGUAAUUUAACCCUUUACAACAUUAGUCAUUUGAUCCAAUAAGAAUCUAAUGCCACUUCUUGUGCCCUGAACAUAAUUAUGUGCCACACUGAAAUGAUCUGUAUACGGAGAUAUUCACCUUCCCUCCUGUGAAUCUAGACUUUACAUCUGUGGCCCAGAACCAAUAAACUCUUUAAAACAAUGGUAUCUUA